AUGAACAAUUCCCAGGGAAGAGUGACUUUCAAGGAUGUCACUGUGAACUUCACCCACGGGGAGUGGCAGCGGCUGAAUCCCAAACAGAGAAACUUGUACAGGGAUGUGAUGCUGGAGAAUUACAGCAACCUUGUCUCCGUGGGACGAGAGGAAACCACCAAACCUGAUGUGAUCUUGAGGUUGGAACAAGGAAAGGAGCCAUGGUCUGUGGAAGAGGAAGUGCUGGGAAGUGGCCGUCCAGAAAAAAACGGGGACAUUGGAGGGCAGAUUUGGAAGCCAAAGGAUGUGAAAGAGAGUCUUGCAAGAGAAGUCUCAUCAAUCAAUAAGGAAACGCUGACUACGCAGAAAGGUGUAGAACGUGACGGAUCUAAGAAAAUACUUCCACUGGGCAUAGAUGAUGUAUCUUCCUUGAAACACUGUGUACAAAAUAAUUCUCACAACGAUAAUGGAUACAGAAAAUUAGUUGGCCAUAAUCCAUCCAAAUUUGUAGGAAAACAACUGAAAUGUAAUGCCUGUAGAAAGUUAUUCACUUCAAAGUCACGCCUUCAGAGUCACCUGAGCAGGCAUGCCUGCCAGAAAUCCUUUGAAUGUCGUAGCUGUGGAAGAGCAUUCGGGGAGAAGUGGAAGCUUGAUAAACAUCAGAAAACUCAUGCAGAGGAAAGGCCCUAUAAAUGUGAGAAAUGUGGGAAUGCCUACAAGCAGAAGUCAAAUCUCUUUCAACACCAGCAAAUGCAUACUAAAGAGAAACCCUAUCACUGUAAGACAUGUGGAAAAGCCUUUUCCUGGAAAUCAUCCUGCAUUAAUCAUGAGAAAAUUCAUAGUGCCAAGAAAUCCUAUCAGUGUAAUGAAUGUGAGAAAUCCUUCAGGCAGAACUCAACCCUCAUUCAACAUAAAAAAGUUCACACUGGACAAAAACCCUUUCAAUGUACGGACUGUGGAAAGGCUUUCAUUUACAAGUCAGAUCUUGUGAAACACCAGAGAAUACACACGGGAGAGAAACCCUAUAAAUGUAGCAUAUGUGAGAAGGCCUUUUCCCAGAAAUCCAAUGUCAUCGAUCAUGAGAAAAUUCACACUGGGAAGAGAGCUUACGAGUGUGAUCUGUGUGGAAAUACCUUUAUCCAGAAGAAAAACCUCAUUCAACAUAAAAAAAUCCAUACUGGGGAAAAGCCCUAUGAAUGUAAUAGAUGUGGAAGAGCCUUCUUUCAGAAGUCAAACCUUCGUACCCAUCAGAAAACUCACAGCGGAGAGAGGACCUACAAAUGUAGUGAAUGUGGAAAAACCUUCAUCCGGAAAUUAAACCUUAGUUUGCACAAAAAAACCCAUACUGGACAAAAACCUUAUGAAUGUUCUGAAUGUGGUAAAGCCUUCGCUGACAAGUCUUACCUUGUUAGGCACCAGAAAAGAAUUCACUCCACAUAG